UAAACAACAACCUAAACUUUGUGUAGGUAUUCAUAAGUAAUAGCUCGUUUUAUUCAUUCGCGAGGGGCCUGCGUCAUAACAAACAUUGUUAUCUGGAUUCCAGAGCAAAAUAAUUUUAGGAGAUAUUACAUAAUACACUAGUAAAACAUGUUAACCUCGAGAGUAAAUAUGUUAAGGAAUGUUUGUAGAGUCCAGAACAUUCGGCUCCUGUCUACUAAAAUCCAUGAAGCGGAUAAUGUCGGUCCCAUUACGUUCCAAAAACUGACGGGCGACGACAAGGGCAUAGCGCUGUACGGGCUCAACAGCCCGGCCAACAAAAAUGCCCUCGGAUUCGAUCUCCUCAAGGCGAUGAAGGAGGUUAACCAAAUCCUGAGGGAAGACACCAAAAUAUCCGUAGUCAUCCUUCAUAGUUUAGUUCCCAACGUAUUUUGUGCAGGUGCAAACCUGAAAGAAAGAUUCAAAAUGUCUGAUGACGAGGUGGCAGUAUUUGUGAGAGGUCUGAGAGAGACCUUUAUAGAAGUAGAGGACCUGCCCAUGCCGACGAUAGCAGCAGUAGAGGGAGUGGCAGUGGGGGGUGGCCUGGAGCUGGCCCUGGCCUGUGACAUAAGAAUUGCGGCUGACUCAGCCAAACUCGGUCUGAUUGAGACCAACCGAGGCCUGAUCCCCGGGGCUGGAGGCACACAGAGACUGCCUAGAGUUGUCAACUUGAAUAUUGCUAAAGAGCUGAUCUUCACAUCGAGAAUUGUCAGCGGCUUAGAAGCCAAGGAACUUGGUGUUGUUAACCAUGUGGUACCACAGACUGAGAAGAAAAAUGCAGCCUUUGAGAAGGCAUUAGGUAUAGCCCGGGAAAUAAUUGGCAAUGCACCGAUUGCUCUGAGAUGUGCCAAGCGAGCCAUAAACGAGGGUGUGCAGCUCACUAUCAAGGAUGGUUAUGAAGUUGAGCAGAAGUGCUACGAAAUAAACAUACCAACUAAAGACAGGAAGGAGGGAAUGCUAUCAUUUAUGGAGAAAAGAAAACCCAACUUCAAGGGACACUGAACCAAAAUGUGGAAUACUACAUACAUAUUUUAAGAUAAGAUGUACUCAUGUAUAGCAUUUACAAUAUGGACCAAUAAGAUUAAGUUACUUUUA